AAGCGCUGUGCGGGCGGUUUGCCCGAAUUGCGUAGAUGUAUCUUCAAGUAUUAACCACUUGAAGAGGAGAAUUGAGGAAUUGGAGGAAGCGAAGAGUAAAGCCGCUGGGUUGCUUCCACAAAAACUCAAAGGCAUGCUGCUGGAUGCUUCCUUUUGUGAUACUGUGUUGGAGACAAGUGAUGGGAAAGUGAUUCGUGCUCACCGUUGCAUUCUCGCUGCAUGGUCUCCUGUAUUCUCAAGAAUGCUUAGCAGUGGAUUCCAAGAAGGGCAGAGUCAAUGUGUUCAAAUACAAGAUAUGGAUCGUCCCACUUUGGACCUCCUUCUAACUUUCAUGUACACAGGAGUUGUGGACGUAACAGGUGAAACAACUAAGGGACUGGAGCUCCUAGUUGCUGCUGACAAGUAUGGAGUCCAGGAACUCAAGCAACGCCUGGAUGAGGAUCUGUGCGGAGAAAUCAAUGAUGAAACUGCUUUUGAAUGCUUGAGGAUUUCGGAUAUGCACAGUGCAACAUCCCUAAGAGAGGCUUCGUCAGAAUAUAUAUUGAACAUGGACCCCGAAGCAAGUAUGCUUCAUUUAAAG